UUGCCAUGACUCCCGUAGCCCCGCCCCCCGCUGUCCCUAGCGCUGUUCCAGGGGCCCGAGCGGCCCCGGCUGCCUCCCGCCCCCGCCGCAUGGAGGAGCCCGCGCGGGAAAAAGUACAGGUGGAAGACAUACUUGAGAGGCUCAAGGAAGAAGGAAUCGACCCUUCAGCUUCUGCAGAUGAACAACUUUGUUAUGUUUGGCAAUUAUUCCUGCGUAAUGAAGACAAGUUACGGUCUGCUAGUCAGGAUUUAGAGGACCUUAGACAACAGCGAGCAGAAGAAAUGAGAGAGACAUCACCACCAAGCGACUGAAGCGCUGAUCGAAGGGAGAGCCUGGCUGAAGGGCAACCAGCCAGCCUGUGGUGGAGCAUUAUGUGGGUCAUGUCCGUAGUCUCACAGCAGAGCGAGACGCUUUCACCACUGAGUUUGAAAAAGAAAAUGAACAACUCAGAAUUGAAUUUACACAACUGCAACUCCAGCAGGUAUGUCAAAUGUUUGCUGUUGGGAACCUGCCUAGUCCCACUCAACAUCCUGCUUUGAGAGUCAAUGUAUGGGUUCACUGGAGCCAGGUGUGAACAGAAAACCUAUCAUUCCUAUGAAGAGCUGUAUACUUUUUGAUCCACUGAAGCUGGCAUGUCUCUGACUGCUUUGAUCUUGUUGGGAUUUGUAUUCAGUCCCGCCACGCGUGGCAAGCUGCAGGUGACCAUGCAGAGCUCAUCAGCAGAGGUGACCAUGACGGAGUCCCAGAAUCGCAAAAGAGCUCCAGCAUGGACUGAACGGGAGGUACGGGAUCUGAUCGCUGUAUGGUGAAAGGAAUCCGUGCUAUCAGAACUCCGUUCCAGUUUUCGAAAUGCCAAAACCUUUGUCAAAAUCUCCCAGGGCAUGAAGGACAGAGGCCAUAACAGGGACUCGAAGCAGUGCUGCAUGAAACUUAAGGAGCUGAGGCAAGCCUACCAGAAAACCAGAGAGACGAACGGCCGCUCCGGGUCAGAGCCCCAAACAUGCCGCUUCUAUGAUGAACUGCAUGCCAUUUUAGGGGGUUCAGCCACCACUACCCCAGCCAUGUUGUUUGACUCCUUCAAUGGAGAUGGAGGCAACAUGGAAGCAGGUUUUGGGGACGAAGAAGAUGAUGAUGAUGAUGAUGAGGUUGUAGAUAGCUCACAGCAAGCAAGCGGAGAAACCGGUUUUCCCGACAGCCAGGAACUGUUUCUCACCCUGGACCUGGAGCCAGUACCCCCCGAACCCACCCAAGGCUGCCUCCUGGACCCGGCAGGCGGAGAAGGGACCUCCGCUGCAUGUGUUUCAAUGUUCAGAGGAUCUUCUCUUUCCCAGAGGCUAGUGAAGAUUAGAAAGAAAAAAAACGCACUCGUGAUAAAAUGUUCUCUGAGCUCAUGCUGUCCUCCCACACUGACAGAGCACAGACGAAUGCGUGGAGGCAAAUAAUGUCAGAGUGCAGGAAAGCACAAAAUGACCGGGAGGAGAGGUGGCGGGCUGAAGAGAAAGCCCAGCUGAAGGAGGUAGAGGAAAUGCUGGCACAGGAAGGCUUGUCCAAGAUAGCUCACAGCAGUCCUAGUGAACAGAUUGCUUAUUUACUGGUAGAAAGAACUACGCUGUUGGAGAAACUAGAGAUUGCAGAUCAAAAGCUGGAUUCACAUAGCUACAUAGACGGACUGUGUGCCGCACAACUUCAGGUCUUUUCGUGCAAGGAUAAGUUUGAUCGUAUCCACCAGACAUUAGAAGAUGAACUUCAGCAACAGCAUGAAUCCGUGCACUAUACUAAAGAGACAAUGAAUAAGUCCCAUAAUGAAGAGCUGGAAAGAGAGAAAGUGUUACGAAAUCGGGUUGAGCGAGACCUGGAUGAGGCCGCACGAAGGCUACAGAUGGCUCACGAAGAGAUCCGCCGGCUAACAGACGAACUGGACGUGCUGAAAAAGGAGCAAAGCAAACUGGAUCCUGCUUUGCGGCUGGCCCCACAAACAUCUGAGAGCUGGAGAGAAGAGAUGAAUAAGCUGAAAGACAGUGAUAGGACUGAGCUGCAGAAGGCCAUGGAACACAACAACAGACUGGACAAGGAAAUUCUAGCAUUGCGCAGUCGGGUCCGAUUGCUUGACUCUGAAAGAAAAGUGUUCCUAGAACUGGUUGAAAAGCUCAAAGAAGAGAUUUGUGAGUAUCAAAAGAAUGAGAAACCAGGACUUGUAGUGCCUGGAAUGGAUGAAACAGAAGAAAACGCAUGUUGCUCACUGCAGGAUAAAAAAGAUCCAGCGAGGUUUGAAGAAGAGUGUGCUGUAGACAAAGCUGACUCAAUUCAGGAAAGAAGAGAUCAGAAUAAUGAGACUGUUCAUAAAAGGUGCCGAAAGGUAAUAGACGACAUUGAGGGCAGGAAUUUUCAGCUUCUGCACAAGCUACAGAAGCUGCAGCGAGAACACGAGGAUUUGGUUGAACGUAAUGAAGAGUUAGAAUCGAUUCUGGGAGAAACUCAGAACCAAACCAGAGAAGAGAGAGAACAUCUUGAGGGUGAGAUUGAAGGACUUCACAGGAAAAUCACAAGUUUAGAGACGGAAUUACUCAAAGCACAGAUGAAUAAAACUGAAGCCAACAUGAAAGAUCAAGAAACAACUAAAAAAGUGCAAGAUUUCCAAGAGAUGCUGAAAAGCCACGAGGAGAAGGUUGAAGUACUUGAAAGUAAAUUAUCAGAGGAGAGAGAUUGGAGAAAGCAACUUGCAUCUGACCUUGAAAAGACGCAGAAAGCUUUGAAGGCUGAAAAAAAGGAAUUACAUAAUUCAAAGUCAGAGCUCAUGAGUCUUUAUAAUGAGCUCCAGAAUCUCCGAGGUGCGGCAGAAGAAAGAGAUUUCCUUAAUGUAACCCAUGAGAAACUACAGCAAGAAAAUACUUUAUUGGAAACAAAGGUCUCUGAGCUCUCACAGGAAUGUGAACAGUUAAACCAGCUUGUAGUGAAUCAGAAGACAGAUGAAAACUUUUCAACAAGUGAAAGGAAAUAUAAAGAGCUUAUGACUAAAGCAAGAAUAUUGGAAGAACAGAUCCAAAUCCUGGGAGGAGAGAGAGACCAAUUAUGUACCAAGCUAUUAGAGAGCAACAAGAAAACAGAGGAGUUAGAAAAGCAGGUGAAGGGGAGCAAUGAAGAAAAACAACUGUUACAGGAAGAAAAUGCUCAGCUAAGACAAGACAUCCUGGCUACAAGGGAACAAUUUCACAACAAGAUAGAAGAGGCUGUAAGCAUUAAAUCUGAGAUGAGCCAAGAGACCCAGCCUCUCAACCCCCGGAGCUCUGAAUGUAACACAGCAUUAAACAUGAGCAUUAAACAGUAUCUGUCUGGAGAGAGACUCCUGCAGCAGCAACAGGAGGAAAUGCAACAACUGAGACAGGAUUUCCACAGAGUUCAGAAUUUGUGCAGCUCGGCUGAGAAAGAGCUGAGAUAUGAAAGGGAGAAAAACUUGGACUUAAAGAAGUAUAAUAUUUUGCUCCAGCAAGAAAGCACCAAGGUCAAAGCUGAACUGAGACAAGUCCAGUUGAAGUUAACCGACUCAACCAAAAUGUGCUCCUCUCUCACUGUGCAAUGGGAGCACAGUCAGCAGAAAGUCAAAGAACUUGAACUAGAGCUGCUGAAGCACUCCCAGAGUAGUAAACUGCAGAGCAGUCUGCAGGAGAAACUUGCACUGGAGAAAUCUAGGGCUACUGAUGCAGAGAAAAAGGUUUUGGAGCUACAGCAAAAACUGAAGGAAUCCCAUCAUCAGCUCCGCCUAACUGAGACCCAUGUUUUGGGCAGGAAACAAAUGGGGGAGGAGUUAAAGGAGGCCCAAGAAAGGGAAACUCAGCUGCGGUGGCAGUUCCAGGAAGAGCAGCGGAAAAGGAAGCUCCUGGAUCAGCAUGCAGAGGAGCUGCAGCAACAGCUCAGACACUCACACGAGACUGAGACUUUGCUGGCCAAGACUCAUGCUGAGCUGCAGGUCAGGUGUCAGCAGCAGGAGGCACAACUGCAUAUAUUAGAGGAUGAAAAAAAAACAGCAUCAAAUGAGCAUCUCCAUUGUCAAAAAACCAGUCAGAACCUUUCAGAGCAGCUAUCGCUGUUGCAGCAGGAGAAGGAAACCCUCCACGAGGAAUAUCAUCAUCUCCUGAAGCAGCUCGACAUCUACGUCAGGAAACACAAUGAGCGGCAACUCCGCCAUAAAGCCAAGCUCCGCAGAGCCAAGGAGACAUUUGUUCAUGAAGUGAAGCAAAGAGAUGUGAGGAUUAAACAGCUUGAAAGUGAAAUUGUGCUGUCCAGGAGCCAGACGGGAAAGGAACAUGCAUUGAUCAGACAGAUCACCACGGAGAAUGAGAAUUUGCUCCAAGAGAAAAGAGAACUCUUACAGCAGCUUAAUGAACAGGAAGAAAUUGGACAGAACAACAAAUGGAUCAUUUCCACAAUCCAGAACAGAGUGCAGUUCCUGGAUGAAGAAAACAAGCGACUCCAGGAAAGCACCCUGCAGCUUUCCGGUCAGGUUGGCAUUCUGGAGCGCACUCUGAGGAACAUCCACACCCACAACUUAGAGGACAUCAGGAGCAUUGGCUUCUCUGAAUGCCAGCUGCUAAGUAAGAUGUUGCCACGUCCAAACACAAGCUUCUCAGUGACAGGGCUGUCAAACUCCCACGGCAUUCUGAGAGCCAUUCAAGAUGUCAAGCCUGAAGAAGGAACCGAGACCCCAAAGUCCAUAUUUUCUUUAUCACUGUCUCAGCCUUCUGAGAUUGGUUACUUAAAUGUGGCUUCACCUGGAGACACCGCAAACUUCCCAACUCAGCCUCAGAGUCCAAGCUUCAACUGCGAUAGCAUCUAAGAGGGACUACAAGGAGCUGCUCUCUGCUUGGACUGCGGCUGUUGGCUUCCCGCUGCAAGGGGCCAUGCGUCCAGCUGGAUCACUGUGUGUCUAAUAACUCGUUCAAUUAACUUUGUGAUUUUCUCAGCUCUUAUUUGACAGCUGUUAUGUCAAUCACUUGCCCGGCUCUAGCGUCUCAUCCCAGAUCUCCCUGGAAUUUUCACAGAUCUAAUUAAACAAGGUUUUUUUAAAAGGGGUGUUUGUCAUUUGGUCUCAACUCCUUGUGUGAUCUAGACAUGUUCACAGGCCGGGGCCCCAAUCCUGCCUCCGCACGGGCCCACCUGCACUCACAGCAGGGCCAGGGCCCUGAUCCUGCCCUCCACGUAGGUCUGCCCUGCCAGGGCCAGAUUAAACUUUUGUGGGCCUGACGCCAAAUAUAUUUCUGAGCCCUCACGUAG